GUCUUUUGACUCAUAGCAUUAAGUGUUGGCGGCAUUAUCGGAGAACAAACCACUCACAGCGUCGUAAGCUGUGCGCCUUUUAAGUCUAUCGCUGUUUACUUUCAGAGCUUUAACAUGAGUGAUUUCUAUGCUGGCAUAACCAGCAAUCAUGCCAACAUAUACGCCAAGUUUCGUCCCACUACGCCACAAGCUCUCAUUGAUGAGAUACUGAAGUUCCUGAAAGAGAAGAUAUCGGACCUGAACCUUGCCGUAGAUGUUGGCUGUGGCCCUGGCACAAGUACAACACAGCUGGCCUCAUACUUCAAAGAAGUUCAUGGCUAUGACAUAUCUGAAGCACAAAUCACUGAAGCAAAAGCACUUAACAAAUUGAAAAACGUUUCCUUCAGUGUGUCACCAGCCGAGACGAUCACUGAAAAAGAUCAAUCUGUACAGUUAGUGAUGGUGAUGCAGGCUGUUCACUAUUUCGACUUGGAUGCAUUCUACAAGGAAGUAACAAGAAUUCUGGUGCCGCAUGGGGUGCUGGCACUGUGCAGCUACCUGAUUCCCAAGCCUGUUAGCAAGAACCAGCAGAGAAUGGACAGUAUAAUAGACAAUGAAAUCAUCAAGGGUAUACCAAAGGAAUACUGGACAUCGGCUUUAGAUGUUGUGAACAACUUGUAUCGAGAUAUCCAGCCUGCCUUUGAGGAUCACGUUCGGAUAGAUUGCAUUGAGGACCGCAAGAUGAGGACUGUUGCUGACUAUGUGAACUUCACGAAGACAUGGUCAGCGUACCAGCUUUUCCUCAAGCAGCAGCCUUCAGAAGCAGAAGAGAUGUGUCGCAAGUUGACAUCUAUACUGAUGGAAGAUCUUGGCAAAGUUGGAGAAGAUCCAGAGAAAACAAGCCUUGAAGUGAAGACGCAAUUCUUCAUGAUUUUGGCAAGAAAGCCUGGGUCUAAAUAAUUUGCAUAACUGUAAAUCAAUCACACAUAGCACACAAAACUGACCAUUGGUUGAUGCUCAUGUGUCUGUGGGAUUAAGUCUACUAAUAAAGUUUAUAUUAUAUGGUGGAAAUAAACAUUGUGUAAAUGUACAUGAUGCAAAUAAAUGCAGCUUGCUUCAUUUCUGCAUUUUUACUUGGAACAACAUUUCUGGGCUAGGCAAUGGGUCUAUUAUUUGUGUUCGUGUCUUCAUCGCACUUCGGUUCAGGCACAGCACAUUAAAGGCAACAUUAAAAACUAAAUCAUAUCUGAGCAGGUACAGCUGGGAUCAUGAAACAGUCAUGCAUUUUCAAACUCAAGCAUUUUAACUGCUAUGUCAUGGCUUCCUACCGUUUUUUUUUUUCCCCUUUAUUUACAGUGGUGCUACACCAAAGUGCUUAAAACAGAACAAUAAAUCUGUACAGCAUCAUUGGUCUGCAAAAUUCUAGCACAUAUUAAAAAACCAAUCAGAAGCACUGCCUUUAGCACUUGUAUGUUCCAUAUAAUGUGAAUUAUAUGCUCCUUGAAGUCGCCCCUAGUUGUUCACAGUGGUUCGGCACUUCUAUCUAUCAUGCUUGCUCUUAGAAGGCUAUAUAAGCCAAAAAAAAAAAAAAUGCCUAAGGUAUUUUUUAGUUACAUCAAGGAACCUGACACUGACUAGGUUCAAUUCAAUUUUAAUUU